AUGAAACUGAAACUUAUCUCUUCAGAAGAAUAUUUUCUCUCCAGGAGUCAGAGUUUCUUCUUCGUCUUGACUUUGACAGAAAAACCCUAAAAGAUACUCAGAAAUGUCUGCCGCCAGCUGCAUGCUAUCUGAGGAGCAGUUUCUGUGCUCCAUCUGUCUGGAUGUGUUCACUGAUCCAGUCUCCAUACCAUGUGGACACAACUUCUGCAAGAGCUGCAUCACUCAUCACUGGGAUGUUAAUGACCAGUGUGAGUGUCCCAUGUGUAAAGAUGUGUUUGAAAAACGUCCUCAGCUUCGAGUCAACACGUUCAUAUCAGAGAUGGCUGCUCAGUUCAGACAGUCGGCUGUGAAGAAAUGCAGCAGAAUGUCUCUGAAGAAAAACACCAACUCUGGAGAAGUUCUGUGUGACGUCUGCACUGAAUCCAAACUGAAGGCUCUGAAGUCCUGCCUGAUGUGUCUGACCUCCUACUGUGAGACUCACCUGGAGAUUCAUCAGAACAUGACAGGUCCUACAAAGCAUGAGCUGGUCGAUCCUGUGGAGAACCUGCAGGACAGAAUGUGUGAAGGUCACAGCAGACCUCUGGAGAUGUUCUGCAAGACGGAUCAGAUGUGUGUGUGUCUCAGCUGCACUGAAUCAAAUCACAAGCUUCACUGUAUUGUUCCCUUGAUGGAGCAAUUUGAAAAGAAGAAGGCUGAGCUGAGUGAGACGGAGACAGAAAUUCAGAAAAUGAUCAAGGAGAGACAUCUGAAGAUUCAGGAGAUGAAGGAUUCAGUGGAGCUCAGCAGGGCAGAUACUGACCGGGAGAAAUCAGACAGCGUGCAGGUCUUCACAGCUCUGAUCCGGUCUGUCGAGGAAGGCCUGGCUCAGCUUCUUGACUUACUUGAGGAGAAGCAGAAAACAACAGAGGAGAAGGCUGAAGGCUUCAUCAAAGAGCUGGAAGAUGAAAUCUCUGAGCUGAUGAAGAGAAACACUGAAGUGGAGCAGAUCUUAAGCACUGAAGACCACCUCCAGUUCCUCCAAAACCUCCCAUCCCUGAACCCUGAUCACCCACCCACUGAAGACUGGACGGAGGUCAGAGUUCACUCAUCGUAUGAGGGGAUGGUGAGGAGUGCUGUGGCUCAGCUGGAGGAGAAACUCAGUGAAGAAGUGAAGAAGCAGCUUGAGUCUGAGCUGAGGAGGAUCCAGCAGUAUGCAGUGGACGUCACUCUGGAUCCUGAUACUGCAUAUCCAUUUCUCAUUCUGUCUGAUGACGGGAAACAAGUAUAUUAUGGUAAAAGAAAGAAUCUCCCAGACAACCCAGAGAGGUUUUCUAUGACAGCUUGUGUUUUAGGAAAGCAGAGUAUUUCUGCAGGAAAGUUUUAUUUUGAGGUUGAGGUUAAAAAUAAAAGUAAAUGGGAUUUAGGAGUGGCCCGAGGGUCGAUUAACAGGAAGGAAACAAUCUCACCAAGACUAGAGACAGGCCCUUGGGUUCUGAUGUUGAGGAAUGGAGGUGAUUACAAAGCUGUCGGUGGCGUUCUCCUCUCUCUGAAGUCAAAGCCUCAGAAGGUGGGCGUGUUUGUAGAUUACGAGGAGGGUGUGGUCUCUUUCUAUGAUGUAGAUGCAGCAGCUCUCAUCUACUCCUUCACCGGCUGUAACUUCACUGAGAAACUCUUCCCCAUCUUCGGUCCCUGUUUAGAUGACCGUGCCCCUCUGAUCAUCACUCCUGUGAGCCAAACACAGUAAAUAAAUCAUUAAAUGAUCUCAGUGUGAGAUAAGCUUUGUGUUGGUGGUGAAGCGGAGAGCACCAUUAACACACCUACCCAUAGAUGUUUCAUUGAUUUGAGAUCUAGGACAAACAUCCAUCUCUGUGCAGGGGAUCAACAAGUGGAGAGCUCAAACUGGAUCCAGACUGGAGUCGUUCUAAACUCAAACUGGAACAGUUCAUAAAGAGGACUCAGUCUUGUGGUCAUAUUUGAUCUUGCUCUUCCUGUUUUACUUUGUUUUAUUGUACGAUAGUUUGUAUCCUGUACUCUUCUGUCUGUUGUUGCUGUGCUUGUUUGGGUCUGUUCAUCUGUUGUUGACGUUGAUGUCUUUUACAGAACCAUCUAGGGAGGGCGAUGCAAAUUAACUUCGGCUGUUAAAGCUGUGGUGUGUGGCAUCACUUUACUUGCUCCAUACUUGUCCUUAUACAAAUAGGUACAGGCUGGGUGUUCUCCUCUAGAACAAACUGAGACACUGGAUUGUUACGUGUGCGUGUAUUUGGGGUUCUCAGUUUAGUCACUGUAUGUUAACGAGUUUGAUAGCUCGGAGGAAGACGAUCUCGUGAAUCAUAUGUUGAAAAUGAUGAUGAAACGUUGUAAUGAAGAGGUACUUCCUUCCUAGUCGUGCACCGGUUUAAAGGCCGUGGUGUGGGCACUUUAUGGAGUCACAUCAUCAAUUUGCACACUAAGGUAUCUUGGUUUUGUCUGAAGUUUUUAUUGAGUAUUUGGGUGUUUUGUUUGUAGUGUAUGUCCUCCAGGUUCUGCAUGCAGCUGCUGCUCUGCAUUAGAUUGACAGCUGCCUGCACAACAGAGAGAUGUUACCCGCAGAAGAUGAAUUGAAUGCCGUUCUGUUAAGUAGUCGGGUGUUUUCUGUGCAGAAUGUGUUUUCUUUAAAGUGCAGUGUGCAAGCUGGAGUGUAAAUGUGCUUUCACAAAGUGACCACAGCUUUAAACCAGUGCACGACCAAUAACAAAAUAUAUACUUAAUGUACUGUUCUGUUGGUGCUGUGUUUCCUUUAUUCUCAUCUUGAGCUUGUUUUAAUUUAAUGUAAAAUAUCCUAACGAUGCUCAAUCAAAUUAAAGAGGACAUAUUAUCCCCCUUUUCCACUUUUUCAAACAGUCCCCUGUGGUCUAAAUGAAACAUCUGAGCUGUGCUUUGGUCAAAAUAUAACAUGAAUCAAGCACCAGAGGAGGUUUGUGACCCUGUAUAAACCAGCUCUCUCAGAACGCUCCAUUUUGGUGUGUGUGUGUCUCUUUAAAUGCAAUGAGCCCUCCCCUGAGUUUUCCCCGUAGACAUCACUCCUCUGUAGCGAGAAUAAAAAUGGCCGACCUGAGUUAAAGUUUUGCUCUAGGCUGGGGGAGGAGUCCAUGGGUGGAGAUACCAGGGGAGGGGAGGGGAUUUUUCUUACCAGAAUCCCACUGUGACAUCACAAGGAGAGCACAUUUGAAACAGAGCAUUUUUCUCUGUGUUGUAAGACUUAUGCAGACCACAAACAAAGGACUGGAUGGGUUAAUUUCACAUUUUGUGGGUCAGUAGACACUCAGGUUACCCAAAUAUAUGUUCAGAAACACUGUAACAGUGUUCAUAAUAUGUCCCCUCUAAACUAAUGGAUCUGUGCUCAGUGUCAUUAGAGUCUCAUAGAAACUCAAGACGUGUUUAAACUCAGCGACAUUUAUCCAGAAGAAAAGCUGAUUUAAAUUCCCUCUGACUUCAAAGAGAGAGUUUCCACAUAUUCACUCUCCAGACUUUAACGCCUGAAGGCCUCAAUCAGGAAUACCACAUUAAAUAUUUCCUCUAAACAAUCUUCAAAAAAACAUUUCUCCAAAAAAUGUUAAAAAUGUUAAAUUGAUGAGAAAACAUGAGAAGGUGAUGACUGCUUUAAAUGACGAGACAUGAAGCGACCUUGUUUCAAAUGUUUCAAAUAUAAACUAUUUAAAUGGGUAUGUUGUUAAAACUUGGACGCACAUCUGUAAAAAUGAAUCGAAACGUAGAACAUGUAAACAUGAUGAACAUCUGUAGUAAUCAGAUGUGUUUCCUGCUCUUCACAUUUUAACGCUGUCUGCUUUUUGGAUUUGUCUGUGUUGAUGUUUUUAUACGAUGUCUCUUGUAUUAGUUCGGUAAAUAAAUAAUGUUAUGACUAUA